GGGAUACCAAUUGACUCCAGUCCCCCGCCUCCCAUUGGUGCCAGGGCACAGCAGUCAGCUACGCUGGACUUCCCUUGCUGCAACUAACAAGAUGAAAAUGCGUGAGAAACUUCUCGGACAGCCCGUAGGCUGUGUGUAGGAGAUAUACGGACGGUGGCGUGUGUGUAUGUGUGUGGGGGGAAUCAAUUCGUGACACACUGUCCGGAAACGUGCUUGAGUGGCCGGUCAGCAUCAAGUUAAAACAGGUAGCCUAUUCCGCGAGCUGCAGGUAUCUUGUUACCGUCUCCCUGGGAAUGCUGGUGCUGAUGUCAUAUUAGAAAAGGAGCAGGUGCGCCGACAGGAUUGUUCUCGACCAAGAGAAAAGCGAUAUAUUGAAUGUUGAAACAGCUCUUAUACGCCCGCGGUAGUAUCAACCCCAACGCAGUGACAGACGCUGGCGAACGCUCAUUCCUGUGAGAUAAAUUUGAAUCGCCGCUCAGGUAAUCGGAGUUCCUUGUGUGAACCUGGUGAGCACCAGGUGUUUGUUUAGGGUUACCUUGGUUGGGUCCUUAUAACGAAUGCGUGGAUAUUUUAAUGGCAUCGAAUGCGUGAAAAUUUCAUUGCUACUGUGUAUGUAUGAACGUGGAGCUGGCUUGUUGUCAGUUAUCUAAAGGAGUAGCCCAUUGCUCCUGCUUCACGCGGCGUGACACGCACUGUCUUGCUUGAGAGAGGUCGGUGCUAUCUCAACAACCGCAGCCGACCUUGACGCUCUGCUGACCGCUCGGAGGAGCUGGAAGAUGAGGGUGAUAUCCGCGCCGCUUCCUGCGGGCCGCUAACCAAGAGAUGUUAAGCGAACACAGCGCGCGCAUUGCCUUUCCGUCCGUCCCGGCAGCAGGAACGUCUCCUAAAAGCGGAGAGAAACUGUUCGUCCACAAAAGCAAAUAUUUCGCCAACAUCCUUCAGGUGUAACGAGGUGAAGAUCACCGACAGUCAUGUCCAAAACACUUAAGAAAAAAAAGCAUUGGUCCGCGAGAGUGCAGGAGUGCGCGCUCUCAUGGGGUAGCGCCGGGGAGCUGGCCUCUUUCGUAGAGGUGCGAGGGGGCGCCGAACGAGGGGAAUUUCCUUAUCUCGGAACAGUGCUGUCGGAUGCGAUGGUUUGUCAUGUCGGCAGGUUCCCGAGCCCCGGAGAUGUGCUGCUGGAGGUCAACGGCACUCCCGUCAGCGGACUGACAAACCGGGACACCAUCGCUGUGAUACGCCACUUUCGAGAGCCUGUUCGUCUUAAGACUGUGAAACCGGGAAAAGUUCUGAACACUGACCUGCGUCACUACUUGAGUCUGCAGUUCCAGAAAGGCUCUUUGGACCACAAGCUGCAGCAAGUCAUCAGAGACAAUCUGUACCUGCGCACAAUACCAUGUACCACCAGGCAGCCCAGAGAGGGGGAGGUGGCUGGGGUGGACUAUAACUUCAUCAAUGUGGAGGAGUUCCGCAUCCUAGAGGAGAGUGGGCAGCUCCUGGAGAGUGGCACAUAUGAUGGAAACUACUAUGGCACUCCUAAGCCGGCGCUGGAGACCGGCGGGGAGCAGGAGGCUGAGUACGGGGGCCUGUUUGAGGAGGACUUUGGGGAGGGGCAGCGCAGGAGGACCGCCUCCGUCAGCAGGAUAGAGCGCAGCAGCUCUGCCCCCGAGGAGGACGACGACGACGAGCUGCAGCCGGCCGUGCCCAAUGGUCUCACAGUGCCGGAUGAUGGCGGGCGGCGGCCGGUGCCUAGCUACACACACCCCCGGAACGCACUGGAGGUGGAGCCCAGCCUGGAACCGCUGCCCGGCAACUGGGAGAUGGCCUACACCGAGACGGGCAUGGUCUACUUCAUAGAUCACAACACUAAGACGACGACCUGGCUUGACCCCCGACAGGCUAAGAAAGCCAAACCUCCUGAGAAGUGUGAGGAUGGAGAGCUGCCAUACGGGUGGGAGCGAAUAGAGGAUCCGCAGUACGGAGUCUACUAUGUGGAUCACAUCAAUCAGAGGACCCAGUUUGAGAACCCUGUGGUGGAGGCCAAGAAGAGGCUGGCUCAGGAGGCCACUGCCAGCCAGCCUGCCCAGAACACAGCUGAGUGUGUAUGUGGGGGUGGGUUCACGCGGGACCCCGGGGCCCUGCGGGGGACUCUGCUGCAGGCGGCCCUGAGGAAGAGCCCGGGGGGCUUCGGCUUCACCAUCAUCGGAGGGGACCGACCCGAUGAGUUCCUCCAGGUCAAGAACGUCCUGAACGAUGGCCCGGCCCAGUACAGUGACAUAGCACCUGGUGAUGUGAUAGUGGAGGUGGACGGUCGCUGCGUGCUGGGAAAGACCCACGCCGAGGUGGUGCAGCUCUUCCAGGCCGUGCCCGUGGGCCAGCAGACCGAGCUGCUGCUGUGCCGUGGUUACCCGCUGCCCGAGGAAUCCGGCUCCAGCCAGGACGGCACCGCCAGCGGGGGCAUCGCCGAGGCCAUCCCCAUCCUCAUGCCCACCGUGGACGGACAGAUGCUGCCCGCCGACGCCCUGGUGUCCCCGCUGGAGCUCGGGGGCGGGGUGGAGAGCACCCUCCUGCAGCCGCAGCUGGUGGAGGUGCCGCUGCAGAAGGGGCCGGGGGGGUUUGGCUUCGCCAUCGCCGACAGCCCGCUGGGCCAGAAGGUGAAGAUGAUCCUGGACGCACAGAGCUGCCGCGGCCUGCUCAAGGGCGACGUCAUCAAGGAGAUCAACCGCCGCAAUGUGCAGACGCUCAGCCACACACAGGUGGUGGACCUGCUCAAGGAGCUGCCCAUAGGGGGCGCCGCCACGCUGCUGGUGCUCCGAGGAGGUCACACGUCUCCUAUAAAGUCUCUCAAGCCGAGUGCCAUGGCCUCACAUCUCAAGCAUGAGAAACAGGAGAAGCUAGAGAAGCAGGAUAUGGCUCCCAGUCCAGAGGUCAUGACCCCCAUGGAGCCACCCCUUCAGUCCCUCCCCUUCCCCCCUAACAUGAUUCGCUCUGCCUCUCCCAAGCUGGACCCCUCCCAGCUCUACCUCAAGUCCAAAGCCAUGCUGGAGAACAAGCCUCCGAACACGAAGGAGCUGGAUGUGUUCAUCAAGCGGGACCAGGAGUCGGGCUUUGGCUUCAGGGUUCUGGGAGGAGAGGGACCCGAGCAGCCUGUGUACAUCGGGGCGAUCGUGCCCCUGGGGGCAGCGGAGCGGGACGGCCGGCUGCGGGCCGGGGACGAGCUCAUCUGCAUUGACGGCGCGCCCGUCACCGGUUGCUCGCACAAGCAGGUGCUGGACCUCAUGACCAAUGCCGCCCGCAAUGGUCAGGUCAUGCUCACCGUGCGCCGCAAAGUCAACUACCUGGAGGGGGUAGAGGAUGAGAUUGCCCAGGUGCUCUCCAGCUCAGCCCAGCCCCAGGUGGCAGCCCAGGCCUACAACGUCACCCUGCAGCGCAAAGACAACGAGGGAUUUGGCUUCGUCAUCCUCACCUCAAAGAGCAAACCUCCUCCUGGAGUCAUCCCCCAUAAGAUUGGCCGUAUUAUAGAGGGCAGCCCAACAGACCGCUGUGGUCAGCUGAAGGUGGGAGAUCGCAUCUCAGCUGUCAACGGCCAGUCCAUCAUGGAGCUCGCGCACAAUGACAUCGUCCUGCUCAUCAAGGAGGCGGGAUCAGUUGUCACCCUGACUGUGGUGCCCGACGAAGAACACAAUGGUCCAGUGUCAGGUACCAGCUCAGCCAAGGAGAGUCCAGCAACACAACACAAAGCUAUGGGCCAGCAACCUGCCAGAGACGACAGGAAUGGAGAGGACAACUCCUUGUAUGGAACACUGGAAAGCUCUGCACAGGGCUGUUUCCCUGUGGAGUUGAGGCGAGGGUCACGAGGCUUUGGCUUCAGCCUGAGAGGCGGGCAGGAGUACAACAUGGGCCUGUACAUACUGCGAUUGGCCGAGGACGGACCUGCUCUCAAAGACGGACGUAUACAUGUUGGAGAUCAGAUAGUGGAGAUAAAUGGGGAGCCCACUCAUGGCAUAACUCAUACGCGUGCCAUAGAGCUCAUCCAGGCUGGCGGCUCCAGAGUGCUCCUGCUGCUGCGGCCUGGACUGGGCCUGGUACCAGACUCCAGUGUGGGAGAGAUGGUGGCCCCCUCUUUCUCAGACCCCCAGCGCCACCCAGCCUGCAGUGACCCCCAUGAGCAUGCCGCCGCCUCCCCUCCCCACACCACUGCCGACGAGCCCCCGCUGCACCCCGCCGACUUGGAGCCCGGCCCCCACACCUCCCACGGCGACCAGGCGUCCAGCCCCAGUCGCUCUGGGAGAGGGGGGGAGCGCUCCCGCAGCCCCCGCAAGAAGGACAGGACCUCCUCUAGCUCCAGCGCCGCCACGACGCCGGCCGGGGCCACCAACACCCUGGACAGGAGGGGGCCCCCCCAGCGGGACGAGCCCCCCCGCUCCACCAGUCCCAGGAAAACCUCUCGGCGGGAGCAGGAGGCAAAGAGACCGGAGGAGGUGGUGAGGGAGAGGAGGCGCAGAGGAGAGGAGGAGCCCAUCCACAGGCAAGACCGAGAGACCGGCGAGGCCAACCCGGACACGACAAAGGGAACCAACGAGAGGCGUCGCAAAGACAAGGGAGCAGCAGCAGCAGCAGCAGGCCAGGUGCAGACACACAAAGAGACAGCUGGGCAGGACGCUGAGGGCGCAACACUCAACCGAAAGACUCACCGGGAUCGAGAGAGCAACAAAGAGAGGGAGAGGGACCGAGAGAGGGAGCGGGAGGGCAAAGCCAGGGAGAGGGAGGGUGGACGGGAAUGGGACGGGGAGAAGAGAGAGAGGGAGGGGAAAGGGAGGGAGAAAGAUGGCAGGGAGGGCAAGCCGAGAGUUGUAGCAGAGGAGGAGAGCAGGAGAGAGGCUAGAGGCUCCAACAGUAGCCUUGCACAGGAGCCCUCAAGCCGGGACAAGAAGGCUCAGAUCACCCCCGGACCCUGGAAGGUCCCCAGCUCCUCCAGGAUCCAGUCCUAGGUGGAAGGACUCUAAAGCAAGACCCUUCACACCACCACAAAGGUCACGGAUGGACUAGGAGCAGUGGAGAAUCUGGGUCAGUCAGGGUCAUCACGGCUAGGGUUAUCAUUUCUGUCCAUUGGACCUCCAGGCUAUGUCCGUCCCCUAGAUUUCAAUGUCCAGCUGAUCAGGACGUUGUGGUCUGGUCUGUCCUUGGCACAGCCAGCAGUGUGAAGGAUUUCUUGUGCCAAACAAACACCAGAAGGACUCUGGACCCACUCUCUCUGGACUCGAAUAGCUUCUUCCAGUCCUGACAAAUGAAGGACACUAGUUGGGCUCUCACUGCAGGUCUGUGAUUCUGAACCAGGACUGUCUUUACUCCUCGGGCUCCCAGCCAGAGGUGCCCAAACCCACAUCACAUCUACCACAUGUAGACCACUCUCCGCAUCAGCUCUGGAAACUGUCUCCAGACGUCUCCAGGCUGAUGUAUACCUAACUAUCUCUGAAGACCAGACACUUGUGCUCAAGCGUAUUGUUUACUACUUGUGUGUUUAUGAAAGAAAUGUGUAAUUUAUGGAGGUAAUAUAACAAAUGUAAUAUAUCUCUCUAUCUCUCUCUCUCUAUAUAUAAAUAUAUAUUCCUGUCCAUAGCCUACUGAGCCAUGACACACAAUGCUUUAAUGCCCUGAGGCUCAGCCAGAGCCUCUUCCUUCCUUCAGGUUUACUCUGAGUGCUCGUCUCUGGAGCAGCUCACAUAAUGUGUUCCACUGGCGUGCAGGUCUGACUUUCAGCAAAGGAGUGUAGCUUUAUUUGUAUGUUGAAUAUUUGUACCACUGGGGGCGGGGAGGAGUUCUUUACGUGUUCUCUGAACGUAGACGAGAGGAAUUGACUGUCAAAUAAAGUGUGGUUGCAUCAA